AUGGAGAGCCAUAUUGUCCAAGAUGUGCCUCGAGCUCAGGACUCGGCAGAGCCUGAUAAUGACCCCAUUCAACGAUCAUCGACCGUGAAAACCACAAGCACCCUUCAUCACAAUGACUUUGAUGAUCGUUUCUUGUCCAGGGUUCGGUCGUUCUUUAACCGCGAGACUCACAUCGGACAUGUUAGUCGUCAUCCUCUACGAGGCGACAAGGAUAUUGAGAUUCACACGUGCGAUGGUCCUAAUGACCCUGACAAUCCGUUCAAUUGGAGCAACAAAUACAAAUGGGUCCCCACCCUCACUAUCUGUUUCAUAUCCAUUCUAACUGGACUACCCGCGGGAUCCUAUGGCGCUGGAAAUAAAUGGAUGGAACAGCAAUUUCAUGUUCAGAAUGAGCCGUUCCCAAACCUCGCAUGGGCAACAACGUCCUGGAAUAUGGGAGCUGCAUUCUGGCCAUUAAUUUUUGUGCCACUUACGGAUUCUUCUGGUCGCAUGCCGGGAUAUUUUGUCUCCUAUUUCAUCCUAGUUGUCUCCCUGUUCCCGUCAGCCUUUGCGCAGAAUUUCGCUACCUUGGUCGUUACCCGCUUCUUUGGUGGCGGGGCAUCAUCUGUCUCCAUCAACAUUGUCGGGGGCAGUAUCAGUGAUGUCUGGUAUGGCGAUAGGGCGCGCAGCUUGCCCAUGUCGCUAUUUGGAUUUACUAGUGUCGUAGGAAUUGCUUUGGGCCCAUUCAUCGGAUCGUCUAUUCAAACCAUACACAAAAGUAGUCCAUGGCGAUGGAUUUUCUAUAUUCAGAUCAUCUACAAUGCCGCCCUUAUCCCAGUAUUUUGGUUGAUACUACGCGAAACGCGAGCCGAUGUCAUUUUGAAAAAGCGAGCCAAAAGUCUACGUCAAGAGACUGGUCGUCCUCUAUACGCCGAAAGCGAGCUGGACACAACAAGCGUGUGGAAGCUGCUUCAGAUUUCCUUCGAGCGCCCUACCAGAAUGCUUCUGACUGAGCCAGUCGUUACGUUCUUUACUCUAUGGGUUAGCUUUGCGUGGAGGAUCCUCUUCCUCUUUUUCUCCAGUGUCGGGCAGACAUUCAGUCAUAAUUAUGGAUGGGGAACUUUCACCACUGGUCUGGUUCAACUCGCAAUUUCCGUUGGCGCAGUCAUUGGCACCGUGGUCAAUCCAAUCCAAGACUGGAUCUACUUACGCUCCGCUCGCCUCUUCUGGUAUGGAUGGGGAAGCGUGGGUGACGGAUCUAUCCACUGGAUUGUGCCCACCUUGGGAAUCGGUUGCACUGGCGUGGGAAUUUAUUCAAUCUACAUGGCCGUCGUGAAUUAUUUAACCGAUGCCUACGAGAAGUAUGCAGCUUCGGCUCUAUUAGUCGCAUCUCUAGGUCGCAACACGUUCGGUGCGUUUCUACCGUUGGCCUCGUUCGAGCUCUUCGACACGCUGGGUUAUGGAUGGGCUGGUUCGUUGCUCGGGUUUGUUGGCGUCGCUCUUUCAGUUGUGCCAGUGGUCCUAGUCCUCAAGGGUCCUGACAUCCGUCGACGAAGCCCGUUCAUGCGCGAGUCUAUGUUUGAGUCGCAUGAUCAGGCGAUACUGGAUAACCAGGCGGAGAAGGGAGAUUUUUGA